UAAGAUUACAACUCGCCGGGACUAGCGCUUAUUGGUUGGGUAGAAGCUUCGAGGGAGGGAAUGAAAUGGGGGAAGCGAUCCUCAUGGUGUUGAAGUUGGCAGCAAAAUCGCACCGAGCACACCAAGAUGACGGGUACGCAUGACCGCGGCGCCCUCACUAUCGUGCGCCAGAGCGGCUGCCGUCGGGCUUGUUGGAGUGUUGCGCAUUUCAGUACCGAGUAGGUCCUUCAGGCGGGACUUUGUCGUUGGUUCUCGCUGUUGGGAGCAACAUCAGUCUCUCGUGAGCGACAACCUACAUAGGAAAUUCUCUAAACGCAUUCUGAACUACUCCGUAAUUUCCUACACUCUCCUCUCACUAGACGUGCUCGGUUGCGUAUGCUAUGCGAAUCCGAAUCAAGCUCGCGCUGUUCAUCAACCUGAGAGAUAUUCGCGCGGCCCUUCCCACACCCAGCAGCUGCACCGCCAUCUCGCAGGAUCAUGGGUGCGUGUCGAGGGGGUACAGAGCACGCGGCGGUUUUGA